CUUCUUGCUGAGUAUCCUUUUGGGAUCUGUUUCACACUGUGAUCCUCCCUGGCAGAACUGCUGCAAUUCCAAGAGUUUGGCUUUUGGACUUCAGUCCCUUGGCGAGUGAACUGCAGCCUGGGCACAGUGAAAGCAAAGUGCAGAGCCAGGAACAAGGUGUGAAUGACAGAGGAGGUGCCUCCGACCGCGCUCACCGACGUGAACCUGCGUCUGCUGUGCCACGAUGACAUAGAUGCAGUGAAGCAGCUCUGUGGUGACUGGUUCCCAAUAGAGUACCCUGACUCAUGGUACCGAGAUAUCACCUCCAACAAGAAGUUCUUUUCCCUCGCAGCCACGUACAGAGGCUCCAUCGUGGGAAUGAUAGUGGCAGAGAUCAAGAGCAGAACAAAGGUGCAUAAAGAGGAUGGAGACAUCCUAGCUUCCAAUUUUCCUUUGGACACUCAAGUUGCUUACAUACUCAGUCUUGGUGUGGUGAAGGAGUUCAGGAAGCACGGGAUUGGUUCGCUCCUGCUUGAAAGUUUAAAAGACCAUAUAUCAACGACUGCCCAGGAUCACUGCAAAGCCAUCUACCUGCACGUCCUCACCACUAACAACACAGCAAUAAACUUCUAUGAGAACAGAGACUUUAAACAGCACCACUACCUGCCCUAUUACUAUUCCAUAAGAGGGGUCCUCAAAGAUGGCUUUACCUACGUCCUGUACAUCAACGGUGGGCACCCGCCCUGGACGAUCUUAUAUCCUUUGGGUUCAGCCUGGUGUCCAGCGAGGCACACGGAGCAGGCAUCAGCCAUGGCUGGGCCUAAAGAUGGCAAGCCAGCCGAGUGUGACCUGCCUGUGUGUGGGGACUGAUGCCUGCUCAGAUGGGAGCUUAGUUGAUUUCCCUGCAGCCAGAAGGAAGGCAGUGUUAGACAGGUUCAGAUCCACUUGUGCCCAGACUUCCCCAGCUCUACUGGGAACAGUGAAGGAUGGGAAAUUGAAUUUGAAGCUGAGGCCAGUUUCUGUGGAUGCUCGUGUUAAACCAGCAUACCAGGCACGCUUUGCCUUGCAUGGUGCAGAUUUGGCUGGCACUGUGGCAGAAAAGCCCUUGGUCUUGCUUCCUGCCACUGGGCAUCCUGUGACCCUGGCCUGGCUGAGGUCUCAAUAGGCUGCUCUCAAACUGAAUUUGGGAAUUUAUUGGGUCCUGGUAAAGAGACUUGAUCUCUCUCAGGUAUAAUUAUUCCAGAUCUCUCCAGGCAGGUGAGUGUAUUUCAGCCCCUGCAGGAAGUUGCUGUGGAGUGCUGGAAGCUAGCAGCUGCUUCGGUGGGCUAUUUCCCACCCAGGUUGUAGCUGAGCUGGAGUUGUAACAGUAGCUGAUGGUUGGCCUAGAUGAUCUUACAGGUCUUUUUCAACUUGACUGAUGCUGCUAUUCUGUUUCCAAAUCGUCUCAUCUUACGGUGCCAGGUGUACCUGCUUGUGACAGAAAGGAGCAGUCAUGCAGUGCGAGGAGCUGGUCUGUCUAACGAGCUGAGCAGAGCAGCCCUCGCCGUGUCAGAGGGUCUCUGUGGCAGGUAGCAGUCCAUUGAGAACGUCAGGUUAGCUCUGAAGUCAGAGCAUCACCGUCGCUGUCCUUAACAGAUGGCCACUGACUACCUGCAGCACAUCGGAUCCACGCUGGCCAGCCUGAGCCCGUGUUCCAUCCCCCAGAGGAUAUACAGACAAGCCCAGAGCCUUCUCUGCAGCCUUCUGCCAUGGUCUGGCAUUUCUGCCAAGAGUGGCAUCGAGUACAGCCGCACGAUGUGACCUCAGCGGAUGCACACAGCACAAAGGGAUCGUUCUUCCUUUCAUCUCCUGAACCAUCUGGCUCUGCACUGAUUCCAGUGAUGAUGGCUCUUGGUCAGUGACCCACCCCCUGGACAAGACUCCUUAUUCCACAGACUGACCAAGAUUUUGCAGACUUCACCCUGGACGGGCUGUAGCCCUGACUCACCCUGUGGGCUGGAGCCCGUGAGAGCUCCUGGGAGGCCGGGCUGCCAGGGGGCACCGGGCUGAGGGCUUCCAUGUCACCAGUCUGUGAGCAUGUCACACUGUCCCUGCCACUUCCCUCGCCUCUGGAUGGUUUGCUUGGAUGUGAUGGGGAGGGGUUCAGUUGCUGCUUCCACGCCACAGCUGCUGAAAGCAGUGUGAGUGAGGUGCACUGACUGUGAGUGAGCAGUGAGCACCCUGGGAGGAGUGGAGCUGCAUGGCUGCGUCCUGCCUCGCUAGGGAAUCCAGGCAGGGCAUCUGCCCCAGGUGAGAGUCUGCCCCAGCCCUUCGGAGGAGGGGGUGUAAAAAGUACCUGAUCCAGGAUGCACCAAGUAGAAGGCAGGGGAUGAAAUUGCUAUUUCAUAGUGAAAUAUAUAUUAUACUGUAUAGAUCUUUCUGCCUCUUUCCAAGCUGGAACAGAGCAGGGGAGGGCCUGGAGCUGUGGGACCACUGUGGUAGGCAGAGCCCUUCCCCUCCCAGCACGCAUCCUCCCUUGGCACUGGGGCUGCAAGCUUGCAGGAUCUUUAGGGCAGAGUGCUGCACGCAGAUCACUACAGCUCUUUGUUGCAGAGAAGCCCCCCAGCUGCUUGCUGGGUGCUCCAGGCCACGUUGCCACGGGGCUUCAGUGUAGCUGCCCUCCCUGCAGCCCCGGGGCCGGGCUCAGGGGCUGUGUUCCCCAGCACCAAGUAGCCAUGCUGCUGGGAGAGCCCCGAGGCUCCUGUGUGCUGCAGCUGGGCCGGGUCCCUCCGUGAUCCCUGCCCCUGGAAGCGAGUGCUUUGCUCCUAGGCUGAGAGUCUGCAGCUCCGUCAGCACCAGUGCUGGAGGUGUGGGGAGCACCGUGUCCCCACUGCGUCCUCUGCCCUGGUGAAGGCUUCCCAUACUCGGCGCUGUGCUCCUCCUUCCACUCUUGUGCCCCUCUUGGAAGUGAGGCUUAAGUGAAGGGCAGUGUAAGCUGUGCAGGUUCUGGUGUGCAGGGCCAGCUCUGCUGGUGGGUGAGAGCAGGGAGUGGGGAUGAGCCAUAGUCUGGGUCAGGUUUAGACCUAGAAGGAGCAAACGUGGUAAGAGCUUGCAGCCCUGAUACCAUACAAAGUCAUUUCAGUGUUUGUAAGCCCCUAAGAUGAGAAUUAAACAAUAAAAGGGUGUGGAGGAGAGCUGACUGCAUGGUGCUGUGCUGGUUCAUGUGAACGGGGCCAGAGUGGCCCAGUGCUGCCUUGGCUCAGAGCUGCUGGCACAGCAGGCAGCACUGGUGCAGCAUUUCCCUGCUCUGCACAGCUCUGACUGCGGGAAGGAUUUCAGUCCGGCUGAUGGUCUGGCAGAUACUUUAUUUGGGGGAAGCAGAGGCUGUUGGAGGUGCUGCUCGCUUUUCUGGAAUGAGAACAGGGCUGCUUGACAGGAGAAAGUGUUUCUGGGAGGAGGAUUGCGCCUGCCAGAGUGCAGUGCAGGGAGCUGCAGGGAGAGCCAGGGCUGGCACGCAGUGCUGGCUACGGUGCAGCUGGGGAGGUUCUGGCUGGGCAGGGAGACCAUCCCUGGCUGGGGCAUGGAAGUAAUGCAGUGUGGGCUCUGCCUGUGGCUGUCAGCAUUCCCUGCUCGUGGAGCUGCACAGCCCUGCAGCCACAGCCCGGCAGCAAGCGCGUGGUGCAGCUGCAUGCAGAGCAGAGCGUGCCAGCACUGCACACGGUGCAGCACAACUGCUCCAGGUUGGUUCCCUGUGAGCAUUUCCCCCCCGCUACGCAUUCAGGCAGCCCUGGCCAGCACCAGCUCGUUGGCAGUGGCAUAAGACCUCCUUUCCUGUGCCCCGAGGGCCUCAUGCACGUAAGGCACCGCUGCCCUUUGCCGCAGGGCCGGUGGCUGCGUGUGAGUCCCCCUGCACGGGGCUCCCUGCCCCCACGGCCCCGUGGCUGUGCUCGCAGUGCCGGCUGUGCUUUGGCUUUGCCGAGGUGUGAGCCGGGCAGCUCUGUUACCUGCAGGCUGCUCAGGCUGCUGCCCCUCACCCAGCCUGGCUGCUCCCAGCGGCAGCUGUGGUGCCUGCAGCCCCUCCUCAUCACAGCUCUUGCUCCUGGGAGCCCCGAAGCGCUCUGUCACCUUCAUUUGUGUAACUGUUUUUUCCUUCAGCUCCGCCACUUCCUACCUGAACAUUCCUCUUGGUUUGUAUGAGUUUAUUUAGCAACCGAAGGUCCUGCUUUUCUAUGGCACUUAUGUCCUCUAGAUCAGAAUGAAUCUCCAUGUUCCUGGCACUGAUGUGACGUUUCCCCCCCCAUCCUUCUGCACCCCCAACUCCUCAGCUGCUGCCCUUAGGCACAUCCCUGGGGGAGCAGAGUGGUCUAUGUGCCAUCCUCCUGUCACCCCAUCCCCUAUGGCAUCACACCCCCACCUCACAGCCCGUUAUUUAUUGAAGAGCACCAUGCUGCCGCCGUCAGCCUCUCUAAACGUCUUCAAUUAAACCAAAUCUCUUUUGUGA